GGAGAGGGCGAGGCGCGCCUGGCGGCCGGGUUGGCUGCGGCCGCCCAGAAGCUCCUGCCAGUCCUCCCACCGACUACACCCCGGGAAGGAGGAGCUUCGGGCGCGCACAAGGCGUCAGAAUCCUCAAUUUCCAACUUAGCAUCUUGGCAGGACCUUUGCAAAGCCAAAAGCAGAGCCCCCCGGUGCAAAGAGCGAGGGGAAAAAAGAGAAAGCAGCAAGGGAGGGGAGGGGAAAAAAGCCCAGCUGGGGCGAGCGAGGCGCGCAGAGGAGCGGGCGCGGCGGUCGCAGCCGGAGGCGCGCGGGAAGCCAACCAGGAGGCGCCGCGGGCCGGAGCCCCGGAGCCGGGGCCAGAAGAGCGGCGGCCCAGGGCAGCCAGAGGCCAGGUGCCCGCCCGCUCGCCCUCGCAGGGCGCCGCCCGGCUCGUUGGCGGCCGCGGCGCGGCGCGCCCCAUGCCCGUGUGUGGCCAUGUCCUAUCCGCAGGGCUACUUGUACCAGCCGUCCGCCUCGCUGGCGCUCUACUCGUGCCCGGCGUACAGCACCAGCGUCAUUUCGGGGCCCCGCACGGAUGAGCUCGGCCGCUCUUCUUCGGGCUCCGCGUUCUCGCCCUACGCUGGCUCGACUGCCUUCACGGCGCCCUCGCCGGGCUACAACUCGCACCUCCAGUACGGCGCCGACCCCGCGGCCGCAGCCGCCGCCGCCUUCUCCUCGUACGUGGGCUCUCCCUACGACCACACACCCGGCAUGGCGGGCUCCUUGGGGUACCAUCCCUACGCGGCGCCCCUGGGCUCGUACCCUUACGGGGAUCCAGCGUACCGGAAGAACGCCACAAGGGACGCCACGGCUACGCUCAAGGCCUGGCUCAACGAGCAUCGCAAGAACCCCUACCCCACCAAGGGCGAGAAGAUCAUGCUGGCCAUCAUCACCAAGAUGACCCUCACCCAGGUGUCCACCUGGUUCGCCAACGCGCGCCGGCGCCUCAAGAAAGAGAAUAAAAUGACGUGGACGCCGCGGAACCGCAGCGAGGACGAAGAAGAGGAGGAGAACAUUGACCUGGAGAAGAACGACGAGGACGAGCCCCAGAAGCCCGAGGACAAGGGCGACCCCGAGGGCCCCGAAGCAGGAGGAGCUGAGCAGAAGGCGGCUUCGGGCUGCGAACGGCUUCAGGGACCACCCACCCCUGCCAGCAAGGAGACCGAGGGCAGCCUCAGCGACUCGGAUUUUAAGGAGCCGCCCUCGGAGGGCCGCCUCGACGCGUUGCAGGGCGCCCCCCGCACCGGCGGGCCCUCCCCGGCUGGGCCAGCGGCGGCGCGGCUGGCGGAGGACCCGGCCCCUCACUACCCCGCGGGCGCGCCGGCGCCGGGCCCGCAUCCAGCCGCGGGAGAGCUGCCCCCGGGUCCCGGCGGGCCCUCGGUUAUCCAUUCGCCGCCUCCGCCGCCGCCUCCGGCGGUGCUCGCCAAGCCCAAAUUGUGGUCUCUGGCAGAGAUCGCCACAUCCUCGGACAAGGUCAAGGACGGGGGUGGCGGGAGCGAGGGCUCUCCAUGCCCACCGUGUCCCGGGCCCAUAGCUGGGCAAGCCCUAGGAGGCAGCCGUGCGUCGCCGGCCCCGGCGCCAUCGCGCUCGCCCUCGGCGCAGUGUCCUUUUCCAGGCGGGACGGUGCUGUCCCGGCCUCUCUACUACACCGCGCCCUUCUAUCCCGGCUACACGAACUAUGGCUCCUUCGGACACCUUCAUGGCCACCCAGGGCCCGGGCCAGGGCCCACAACCGGUCCGGGGUCUCAUUUCAAUGGAUUAAACCAGACCGUGUUGAACCGAGCGGACGCUUUGGCUAAAGACCCGAAAAUGUUGCGGAGCCAGUCUCAGCUAGACCUGUGCAAAGACUCUCCCUAUGAAUUGAAGAAAGGUAUGUCCGACAUUUAACGCGGGCUGCGUCGGUCCCGGACUUUUCUAAUUUAUUAAAAACAUGGCCUUGGCAGUUAUUUUUCCAUCACUGAGAAAGAGAGAAAAAAAAAUAAACUACCCCUCCUAUUCAAAAGUUUAUAGUUUAUGGAGAUGGAUGGCAUAAAAAUGUAAACAUCUCCACACACACACACAAAAGUCUUAACCAACCGAAAAGAAAAAUUAAAAAAGGAUUUGUAUUAAAUCUUAUUCUGUAUAUUUAAUGUAGCAUUUUUGUAUUUAAAUUGAUAAUUCAUUAUCUUUGAAGUAAAUUAUGAAAUCAAGACACCUGUACAGGCAUUUAAUGUUUUUUUGUAAUAUAAAUAUAUACAUUUGUGUUUCCCCAAAACUGUUUCAUAGUUUAAAAAUACAAGUUUAAUUUAAUUUUUUACACCUAUUGAUUCUGCUGGGUAUGAGCUAAAGUAUUAUUACAGAAAGGAAACAGGUUAUACUCUUAGAUUUAAAAAGUGAAAGAAACUGCAGGCGCCUUUGUAAAAUGCAAAAUAUUUAAUUAAAAGAGAUUUUAACAUAAUGAGAGCCACUCAUUACUUUUUAGAAGCCUCAAUAAACUGUCCAUUGCCUUGGUCAAAAGGUGCAAACUGCAACUUUUUUCAAAGUGGGGAUUGAAAGGUUCCACAGACCUUCAAGUGUGCCAGGGGAAAAACAUAAUUAGGUUGCAAGCCCGGGGGAACCUGGCCCUGCCCAGAAAGCAGAUCUGGAUCACUGAUGCGGGCUGUUUGGGAGAGACUGGACCCUGGAGGAAGGAGAAGAGAGACCCAAGUGUGUACCCAGAAGGGAGAAAAGAUGGCAAAGCCAGUUAGGGACACGCACCACCCGAGCGCCAUCGCUUAACCUAAUUACUUCCAAUCAGUGUCGUGUUUUAUGCAAAGUAAUCAGCUGGUGAACUUUGCUAAUGAGUUCGAUUUUAUGCCGGAUUUAGCCCUUAUUACUAUUUCAAGGGUGCUUCGGGCUAAUGCGGGGGGGAGUAUUCAGGGAUGCCAAGAGGAAGGCUUUCCCAAGUCACCGUCUUCUUCUCUGCCCCUUCAAAUUUGGGCAUUGAUCUUUUUGGAUUUGAUUAAAUUAUGAACGUUCCAUCCCAGACGGUGCGGGUGGCGGGCGGCGCAGGAGUGUCCGCUCAGCUACGGGGCUGGGGUCGAGCGGGACGGGCGAGGGGACGGUUUCCCCCUUUCACAGGUAGGUGUCACACUUGUCCUGAAUUUCAAGCCUGCACUUUGCAGAGUCGGAGAUUGCAGAGUGGGCGGAGGGGGAGGAGGGAGCGCCACAGCCACUUGGGGGAAGCAAGGGGAGCCCCUGAAAGGAUCCCUCCCCCUCACAACGGGCCUCUUUUCGGACAAGUGGCCUUCAGAAGUUCGAGGCCAUUUGCCUAGAUAACGAGGCCGUUGUGGACUCCAUCAGGCUUGUCGUCGCUUUAGCACUUUUCCCAGCUUAGAUGCAAGAAUCCGAGCAGCUACAAAAAUAUUUUUGGGGUUUUAUUUUCUCGUUUUAAUCCCGCAUACUUCAUCUCAAAAUGAAAAGUCAGGAUGCAUCUGAAUCCCUAAUGAGGAAGAAUCAACGCCCUGCGCCGGAGGCCGGCCAACGAUGUGGGUUCGGGAUUGGCUGCGGUGCUGACGGCUCCAUUUUGCAGCCGAGAUCUGGAGCCCGGACGCGUUUUACUUCGUGGGAAAUUUUCAGUGGUUGGGGGAGGGAGUGGGGGUCCGUGUUAUAGCAAAAACAUAUCCCAGCGAGGGGAAUUAAUUUGCUCUAUUAAACCCAAGCCUGAGUGUAGAGAGGGAAUGUGUUUGCACAUAACACCGGCUUAAUUAGGCUAAAUCAAAAUGCACAUAUUUGCAUUUCUACUGAAGAUGACUUUAACCUUAACUCAGUGUUUUAAACCCACCCCGAAGUUUCACUGGAGUUGCUUUUGCUAUUUCUUUUUUUUUAACCUGCCACGGAGCUCCUUUAAGCUUAUUCGAAUUUAAACAAGUUUGAAAGCUGCAUUGUCCAGAUGUUUUAGCAAACAGCGGUGGACUUCAGGGUUUAAAUUAGUGAGAAAAUUCACGCAGGGAAAAUGGUUUCAAAGCUGGAAGUGUGAAUGAUUAAAUAUGCAUGAGACGAUCGUAUUUUAUUUUGUCCCUUUAAUUAUAAAUGAUUUUUUUAAACAAUUGAA